AUAUUUAAAUAGUGGUCCACGGCCUGCUUACUCUGAACUUGAAUUAGAAGUUGCUAUAUGGGUUAAAAAUUUAUACAAUAAUUUAAAAGCUGUUAAUCAUUUUAUGAUACAAGCAAAAGCAGCCAGUUUAGCUAGUUUGCCUCAAAAUAUAAAUUGA